ACUAUACUAUUGGUAUAGCUUUUGGUAUUGGGGCUCACUGUAUUGUGUACUGUGCAAUUUGUACAUUUGCACGAUAGUAGAGUCACUGUAGUGUGUAGAUUGCAUGGUAGCUGCGUCCGUAGCCACUGUAGCGUCAUUAUCAUCACCAUUCCCUCUCCUCUCCUUGGCCUCCUGUGGCUACAAAGCUCUCUAUUCUGCACAACACUCUGAAUCACUCAUCACUCACUAGUUAAGUGCAACUGACCAAGAAUUAAAGAUCAGCAGCUACCCUCGUCUCCUCCAAGAGACAGAGCUGUUUAAUUAUUUACUCAGACUCACGGUCACAGUCACAGGAGCAAGAGCCAGAGAUGGAGAAGAGGAGGAAUCAUGGCGGUGGCCUCACCCUGCUGUUUCACUUUCACCUCGCCGUCUUGGUUGUCUUGCCGUCUUUGCUGCCCCGAGCUCGAGCUGCCGCCGCGGCUGAUUCCUCGUGGCACCCGAAUCAUCCUCCUACACGACGAGGCCACCACGUCGGCGGCGGCAAUGCCUCGCCUAGCGCCGCCGCCGGCCACGGCCUCCCGCCACUCUCCGCUCCCGCUCCGGCGCCCAUCGCCGGCGCCGACGACCUGCCGGCCUUUGGCCGCGCUCCCAAGCAGGCACCCCCGCACUUCGGCUUCCCGCUCCAGCCGACCUUCGGCGUCGCGGCGCCACCUGUCGCCCCGACCGCCGCCGGCGAGGGCUACCCGUUCAUCGGCAGCAACCCGACGGUGCCGCUGCCCACCGGCAUGACCGACACCUCCACCGUGCUCCCGCUCCCGGACCGAGGCGACGGCAACGACAAGGUGGUGGGGCGUGCUGCUGCUGCUCCGGUUCGUGCUCAGAUCGCCAUGAUUGGGCUUGUGGCUACCAUCUCCAUCUUGUUCUUGUCGGGGAGGAGCUGACCAUCCUAGCCUCUCCUCGAUUGAUGCACUCUGUAGUAGAAUUUGUUAAUUUGCAUGAACCAAGAAGGAGAUUAGAUAUAAACCUGUCACUGCUUGCUUGCAAUUGCAUUGUCUGUAAAUAUGGUUUCUGUCGCUGUGAUUCGUACUCAGCUCCCAGCUUUUGUUCAAAGCGGCAACGAAUUUUACCUUUCUUUGACA